UUGAGAUAGAAGCUCUGAAAACACUUCACAACAUCCACCAUUCACGCACUUGAGCUAAGGAGGAAAAAGGAGGGGAAAAGAGAAGAGAAAAGUUGGCUUUGGAGAGGAAAAUUUGUGUUUAACAAGGUAUUCAAGGAACUUUAACGGAGUUGAAAGGGUCUCCGGAGUUGUCGCCGGAGUUCGUUGAAGUUCGCCGGAGUUUCGACGGAGCUAAAUCGGGAAGGCUAGAACUUCAUAAGCUUCAUUAAGGUUAAGGCUAGAGUCCUACUACCUGCACCUUUGCCUAUGGUGAUUGAUCAAGAAGGAAGACGUGGUUCGUGCUUCCAUUCUUAUUUCAAAUUUAUAAACUGCUCACGGAUUUUCGAACAAUGUUUUCCUUAAAACAGUUGGGGGCCUGUGUGCCCGUGUUUGCCAUGUGUGGCUAAGUAUCAAACAUAUUAUUAUUUCCGCAUUUGUUUGAUUAUGAUAUUGAUGUUGAUUGUAUGGAUUUACUAAUCGGUUUGGCAAUAGAAUCAAUCGGACGCCUUGUACAAUUCAAUCGGGAUGAACUGUUGUUGUUCUUAUCGGGUUGUACGGCGGUUGUCUACGUGGCCCGGAUGCGGUCUGGGGCGUGACAAUUAAUUGGUAUCAGAGCCAUCGAUUUCUAAACUAUAUAAUUAACCUCUCAAUAGUCUUGUCAUCAAAAAGUUUUGAAUAAAACCAUGAGCAAAAGUUUUGUACUUAAGGAACUGUUGGAAACCAAGUUAUUGACCUCUUAUUGUUAAGACGGUACCCUUAACAGUUUGUUGGCCAUAAUGUUGGACCAAGUGGUGUCUUUUGUACUAAUCCGUCAAUUGACAUUGAAACUAGUCUAAUGACUCAUUCCUUAUUUCUUUCAGAAAUGGAGGGUGGACGCAGGAUUACUAGGAGGAACCCGACGGGUCGUGCACCGGGGGCCACCGGGCACGAUACACGGGCUGAAUCACGGACCUCUAGGGGUAGAGGUCGGGGCCAAGGCCGAGGAGGAGGCCGGGGCAGGGGUCGUGGGCGUUCUACAACGACGACGGCAAGUAGCACGCGUGUCGGUUCUGUGCACCCGUCUUGGGCCACCGAACCGGACGAUUUCACAUAUGCUCCGAGCACGGAGCAAGAGGAGACCCCGUACAACGGGGAGGACUUUGAUGAAGAAGAUGAGGAUGACGAUCCUCAUUAUGAUCGU